UGUGUCCACAAAUUACAAUGUGUGUGCACCGGUGCAGUACGUAAACUACAAUCUGUGAUCAUGCAAGGGCAAAUUAAGUGAUGUUAUAUGUGAAGAAAGCAAAAGGUUCUUGAGACACAUAUUAAAAUGAAAGCAAUAGGAGAGAGACUGCAGACUGUGAAAGUCAAAGGCGUAGCAACCUUAGGGCUCUGUUUACUGAUAGCCUUUCUGCUACGACCCCAGGAUAGUUACAAGCUUCAGCCGUCUUGGGUAAAAGAAAGGUCGGAAUCAGAGACACAAGAAGAUUUUGAUGCUUAUAAUAUAGAUAUACAGCUUCCGCCCCCUGUGAUAACAGACCUUGAAAGUGAUGGAGUCAAUGAAGUGGUUUUGAUUCUUCACAACAGUGGGGGCCAGUUUAACUUGGAGAUUCUUGCCACGCCUGAAACCCCAGUGGCCAGCAUUCAGCAGACUCUCCCACAUGUGGAGGUGAGAAAAGAGGUAGUAAUGCCAAUCGGGAAGCGAAAACACCAGAAAUUUGAUCAAAUAAGUGUUCCUGUUGCCAUGGCAACUGGAUACCUGGAGGAGUAUCAGUCCAUGGUCCAAGUAAGAAAACAGGUGAUCGUCAUAGUAACCAGUGACUGGCGUGUACUGUGUUACGAUCAUGAACUCAAUCUGUCUUGGCAAAAGCAGUUAAUAAACACACACGGGACCAGGGGGCGCUAUCAUCUGAAAGCCAUGGGGGCGCUAGUGUUACCACUUCAGCUGAAGAAGAACGACAAGGGAGUUAUUAUUGUGGGUGGAUCUUAUGAACAUGCAACGCACGAUGCUGAGGAAUUAAGAUCUGGCAACAUGAAGCACCGUCCACCCAAGUUAAACACAGGCACUAAUGAUGAUGACGACGAUGACAAAGUACUUCUCACCGAGAGAGACAACUUCACUCAUUUCUCCACAUUUGCUCUCAGUGGUAGAAAUGGAUCCAUCCUGUGGCACCACCUCCCUUCCGAGUUUGAUGAAAAGAUAGAACUACAAAAGAGCAUGUUUGAUGCACACCAUUGGAAGUUAGGCCUGAAGAAGGGGCACAUGCACACUGGAGAGGUGCCCUGGAAUAAUUACCACAGGGAUAUAGUCAGACAGCUGCCUUACAAAUGGAAAGAGGCCUCUGACACAAGAAUCACAGUGGCUCGUUUCAGUCGCCAUGCACAGGACGACCCAUCCGAAAGUGAGGGCGACCUAUUUUCUCACAUUGUCAGUGGAAUCGGUGAUGAGCAUCUUAAGGGGUAUGCUUAUGGUGGACAGAGGCCUCACUCUGACACUGAGCACGUGAAAGACCCCAAUGUCAUAGUGACACACAACCAUGAGGGGCUUGAGGUGCUGAAUAUGUUGUCUGGGCAACCACUUACAAGGUGGCACGUUCUAGCAGAUAGCUACCAGGGCAUCUUUGGAGAUAUGGAUGAUGACGGCCUGGUGGAACACAUAUAUGUACAGUACUCUGAACUGGAAGACAGAGAGAUCAAGGACUGCCAUGUUGUGGCUGAAACUGUUUUUCCUGUAAAAAAGAUAUUAUUCAAGCGAGACCUGUGUACAAGUCCCUCCAGCACGUGGCUUGGAAUGCUGGGAGUUAAUGAGGCCAGAGCCUCAGAAGAUGUGGAGAGAGAUGUACACCCCAUGUUGGUGAAGAGCAUUGCACGGCGACGAGGUAUCAUUCCACACCUCACAGGUGCUACAUUAAAAACAAAACAUAAAGGCCAUGAUGCCAUCUUUCUCCUUAGUAAUGGUCGUGUCACUUCUUAUGGACCAAGUGGAGAAUUGCACUGGCAGGUUCAGACUCCUGCCAAGUGGAACCACAUGACUCUGUUCUAUAAUACCUAUCCUGAUCAUAAACUCUCUAUCUCCUAUGCUCAGGAGUUUAUGCCCAGUAUGAAGGCAAUGUCAUUUCAGGUAUAUGGACCACAGGAAGCUGCUGUGGUAGCAGGAUGGGAUCAUCUUGCUCUUGUAGAUCUAAAGGAGGGAAAUGUGCUUGGGGAGCAUUCAUUACCCUGCCUACCUAUGGUGCCGGUAGUUACUGGGGACUUUGAUAAUGAUGGCUGGACAGAUGUUAUAGUGAUAUGUAACGAAGGCUACUUUGGCUUUUCAAUACAGCGGGCUCCAAACAGGUGGUCCACUUUCCUGGCUGGCUUUGCCUUCAUCUGUGGCGUCAUGCUGAUCAUGGAUAUCUUGCUACAGAAGUCAAAGAGCUCAGAGCAAGGAGGCACUCCCUCAACCAUCUAAUAUUGACUCCCAUGAAGACAAUGCACAUUAUACUAACACAUCUGUCAUAAGAAUCCACCCCAAUUUUGUAUUCUGUCUCAUUAUUAUUUUUCCUUGUAUGUAUUCAGUUUUGUUAUUCAGUCAUUGCAAAGUGUUAUUUGUGAGCAAAAGCCACAGAUAAUGGUCAUUACAUUUUUUUAAAUGUUUUGUACAUUAAUUUUAUUUUUAUUUAUUUUGGCGGGAGGGGUUCAGUAAACAGUUUUUUUAUUGUGCAACAGCAGAUAAAAAGAUUAUAACCAUGUAAUUCAGCACAAUUACUUCAGAGCUUUCAUCUGAUCAAUGCAUUUCCAACCAGUGACUGAUCUUUUACUCCAAUUUUUACUAUAAACUAAAAUUAUAAUACAUAAAAUUGCCUGCUGUAUUGGAAUUUGCUUUUCAAUACUUUCGAAGACAUAUGAAGCCC